AGCGCGUUGCAUAGAAACGUUCCAGCGAAAGUUCAAAUUCUAUCAUUUUGGCGCUGUUGUCGCCUCAUAUGUCAGAAUGCAAUAUAUCAAAGAUAUUUUUGAAUAUAUUCAAGAAUCUAAUCGAGUGAUCGCCCGUCGCCGUUUUUGACACAUAGGCAAUCAGGAUAGGCCGUCUAUGAAAGAAACACUUUUGAGAACUGUUUUUAAAAUGUUAGAAGGUGUAAAACAUGUUUUACUAGUGCUUUCAGGCAAAGGGGGUGUCGGAAAAUCGACAGUUAGUACCCAGCUAGCUUUGUCAUUGAAGGAAUCUGGAUUCAAAGUUGGUCUUUUAGAUGUAGAUCUCUGCGGGCCAAGUAUUCCUUAUUUAUUGAAUAUGGAAGGCAAAGAUGUUUAUCAAUCUACUGAUGGAUGGGUGCCAGUUUAUGCAGAUGCGGAACAGAAAUUAGCUGUAAUGUCGAUAGGAUUUAUUUUGAAAAAUCGAAACGACAGUGUUGUCUGGCGGGGUCCGAAAAAAACAAGUAUGAUCAAACAAUUUUUAAACGACGUAGUUUGGCAGGACCUUGAUUAUCUCAUAAUUGACACGCCACCUGGAACUUCCGAUGAGCACAUUACAGUCAUGGAAGAAUUAAGGAAAGUCAAAUGUGAUGGAGCAAUUAUAGUCACAACACCACAAGCAGUCGCAAUUGAUGAUGUUUUAAGAGAAGUAACAUUUUGUCGAAAAACAGGAAUACUUAUAAUAGGAAUUAUUGAGAACAUGAGUGGCUUUGUAUGUCCAACAUGCAAAGAGUGCACCAAUAUUUUUUCAUCGGGCGGUGGAAUAUCAUUGUCCGAGAUGGUAAAAGUGCCAUUUUUAGCAAAGUUACCGAUAGAUCCAGCAAUUAGUAAAUUAGCCGAAAGAGGUCAGUGUGUCCUUACAUCUUCUCCUGACAGUCAGGUUGCCCAGGUAUUUCGAAAAUUAGUGGAAGAAUUAACGAAAAGCAAAGAGGCUUAGUGUUUUGCGCCAAAAAUAUUGUUCAUAAAAAUAUGUAAUUUGUACAGUUACGUACACUAUGUACAGUUUUUGUAUUUAUAGUCGUGAGGAGAAAGGUAUGAUUUUAUACUACAGGAUAGACAUUUUAAAUAAAACUCGGAAUAUUUUGUAUAAACU